CAUCUUUUUUUCGUAUCUUUUUGACUUUCUCUUUGUGACUUCAAGCAGGUCACAAGAUAAUAUCAAGCACCACUUUUGUUCUUUGGCAGAGACAAGCCCUCCCACCGGUACCAUAAUAGAUAGAUAAUCAAGUCAAGCCGAUACGCCAAGAUGCAGUGGUCUCAGGUAUUGCUGCGUGCUUCUGCUCGUCGGGUUCGCCCUUCAAUCAAGGAUGGAAGGUUCCGGAAUCUUCAGACUCUGACCCUGAAUGCAGGUUCUACGACGCUCAAGUACGCUCUCUACGACAUUGAUGAUCAGACUACAAGUGCAAGUAGUAAGAAAGCCACGCUGUUGGCAUCUGGCUUGGUGGACAAAGUGGGAAAGCCAGAUGCUAGCAUUACGCACAACAAGCAAGUGGUGCCUACUGCGUCAGCUAUUGACAACCACGUGGAUGCUCUAGACCAAGUCCUGCAAAUUCUAUUGCAAUCGGAACAAACGCCACAAAUUGACUGCAUUGGCCAUCGGGUGGUCCAUGGAGGUCCCACCUUUACAUCCCCCACACUACUGACACCGACCGUCAUGGACGAAUUGCAAUCCAUUUCCAAUUUGGCGCCGCUGCACAAUCCACCCGCAUUGGCCGCCAUUCAAGCAAGUCUUGAACAAUUUCCCACGGCCACACAAGUCGCUAUUUUUGACACGGCCUUUCACGUGGCGUCACUACCACCGAAAGCGUAUCGCUAUGCCGUUCCACAGGAGUGGUAUCACGACCACCACAUUCGAAAAUAUGGAUUCCACGGAACAUCCUAUUCAUAUGUCGCCGAACAAACGGCACGCCACUUACAAAAACCGGUCGAGGAGUGCAAUCUGAUUGUCUUGCAUUUGGGAGGUGGAGCCAGUAUGUGCUGCAUUCAAAAUGGAAAAUCCAUUGAUACCACCAUGGGAUUGACGCCACUCGAAGGACUCGUCAUGGCCACUCGCGCGGGAGAUGUCGAUGUGGGUAUGGUCGAUUAUCUCGUCAAUUCUCAAAACUUGACGUUGGAUCAAGUCAUGCAACAACUCAAUCGACAAUCGGGAUUGCUUGGGCUGUCGGGAGGCGUGUCCAGUGACAUGCGAGUCCUUCGCGAUGAUAAUGCAAAUGACGAAAAUUGUCAAUUGGCACGACAAGUAUUUGCCGAACGAUGUCGCAAAUACUUGGGAGCCUACUAUUUCAAAUUACAAGGACGCGUCGAUGCCAUUGUCUUUUGUGGUGGAAUUGGAGAAGGCGAUGCGCCCCUGCGACAAAUGAUUCUCGACGGACUCGAACAGGAUAUUGGCAUUGCCGUGGACAAUGCCAAGAAUGCAGUGGCUGUGGCACCCGAUCGCAUCGUCGAAGUUCAUCCCGCCUUGGCCAAAACCAAGGUGCUCGUCUAUCCCACCGAUGAAGAAGUCAGUAUUGCCUUGCAGGCAUCGUCGCUCGUAGCCGCCACAACGACAGCAACUCCCAAACCAACUUCUACCACAGCAACAACACCCAAACCCAUGACGCAGGCUACCACCAAUUUGUUUUGUCAUUCGCUGGGACAUACAUACACGGGACCACAAGAAUUGGGAUUGCUACGCAUUUUUGCCGCCACAAUCAACAAGGUCGGAUACUUUCGGCCUAUUGGACGCGGGGGAGUAGACGAUUAUCGCAUUGCCCUCAUGAAACAGCAUUUUGGUUGGACCGACGACGAGGAGCAAGCCAUGUACGGAGUGGACGAAGAAGAGGCAUGGGAGUUGUUGGCUGCGGGACGAGAUGAUGAACUAUUUGAACGCAUCCUGCAAAAGUAUCUCGCAUAUGCCGCCACCAAAGAAUUUGUGAUGGUCAGUUCGUUUACACAAGAAGACGAUUCGCUUCAUUUUGCGGCCAAGCUCUGCUCCGCGCUCAACAUACCCGCCAUUAUGAUUGGAGAUGCCGAUCAUGAUUCGCAACUGAGCAUUGCUCAAACAGCGUUUGACAGUCAUGGCGCCAACUGCAGUGGCGUCAUUGUUUCGAAUGUGACGGAUGAAAGCGCCCAACGAAAAAAGUUGGAGCAAAUGAACCUGCAACCCGUGGCAUUGCUUCCGCCCAAUCCCGUCUUGGAGAACCGAACCAUGCGAGAAGCCAUGAACCUGUUGGAAGAUUCCGUGUGUCUCUAUGGAGCCGAGCAUUUGGAGUCGACCAUGGACUCGAUGCGCAUUUAUACCGUACAGGUCGAUGACAUGUUGGAUCUGAUUGUCGACGACGAAUUGGCCAUUGUCAAUUGUCGCCGGGUCGAUACUCUCAUGUCCAUUCUCUUGGCGGCACAAUCAUCCAAGGCACCCACACCGGCGGGGAUCUUGUUUACGCUCUAUCAACCGGGAGAUUUGAGUCCCAAAAUUGCCGCGCUGCUCGAUGGACUGCGAGACAUUCGCAUCCCCAUUUUGGCAACCUCGAUGGAUACCAUUGAUGCCGCCAAUAUUUUGGAUAGUACGCCGCCCUUUUUGACAGCUCAAAGUCAAGACAAGAUUCACGAAGCGGCGGCCACAAUGGAAACGCACUUGGAUUACAAUUUUCUGGAUCAGUUUCGAGAUGACGACGACAAUACGCAACAGCGAGAUAUUGGGCCACGAAUGUUCCAGUAUUCCACCUUUUUGAAAGCACGCAAGCUGCAAAAGACCAUUGUUUUGCCCGAGGGAGCGGAUCCUCGUGUCGUGGAAGCCGCCACCAUUUUGGUGAAACGACAACUUUGCAAGGUCAUUUUGGUGGGAGACCCGGUUGUCAUUCAGGCCAAUGCCGAGGCUCGUCGUGUCUCUCUGGACGGGAUUACUGUGGUUAACCCGCAAAGCUAUGCACAGCUAGAUGACAUGAUUGAUGCCUUUGUCGAGGCUCGCAAGUCCAAGGGAUUGACACCUGUCGAAGCCAAGGAGUACUUACUGCAAGAUGUGAACUAUUUCUCAACCAUGAUGAUGCAUCUGGGGCUGGCUGAUGGGAUGGUGUCAGGUGCCAUGCACUCGAGUGCCAACACAAUCAGACCGGCCCUGCAAAUACUCAAGACGGCACCGGGAGCUUCCUUGGUCAGUUCGAUUUUCUUUAUGCUUUUGGAAGACGGAGUCAAAGUCUUUGGUGAUUGUGCCAUCAAUACCAUGCCCAAUGCCGAACAGCUCGCGGAGAUUGCCGUAUCAUCAGCCAAGACGUCUCAGCAGUUCGGUAUUGAACCUCGCGUGGGGUUGCUGAGCUACGCCACUGGCGACAGCAACAAAGGAGAGUUGAUUGACAAGGUAAUUACGGCAACGAAGUCGGCCAAGGCCGCCGCCGAGAAGGAAGGAUUCAUGAAUCCAGAGCUGAUUGCCGGUCCACUUCAGUUUGAUGCGGCAGUGGACCCUGCUGUGGCUGCUGUCAAGGCAAAGGACAGUCCCGUGGCUGGCAAAGCCAACGUGCUGAUCUUUCCAGACUUGAAUAGUGGCAACAACGGGUACAAAGCCGUUCAGCAAGCUUCCAAGACAAUCGCGGUGGGCCCCAUCCUGCAGGGACUGCGAAAGCCGGUGAAUGAUCUUAGCAGGGGAGCUACGGUGGAUGACAUUGUGAACACCGCCGUCAUCACAGCGUUGCAAACAGAGAACUAGUUAUAGUUGCGCUGCACUGCUGGUGUAGAAACAAAAAGGUGACGGCGAGGAUGAUGCAGUAAGGCAGCCACGGAAAAGUUUUGAUGGAGGUGUUUGGUCGCCUGAUUAGCUCGGAGGCUGGUAGAUUGCGUGAGACAACAUAGCACAUUCAUAGUUUUGAUUUCUUCUGC